UGCUUCAUUUUUUAAUUUUCAUGACACACAACUAAUUAACUAUGCUCUGCUAGUGGCGAGUAAUAAUUUCUUUUAAUGACGUGAAGAAAAAUCUUUUGACAUGUCUUUUUGUAGAGCUUAUGCAACACACUUGACUCGCUAAUAGAUAAACAUUUGUAAUUAAAUCAUCUCCAUCCAUUACAAACAAAAUUAGAUAAGAACUGUAUUACGCAGGGUCUUGUCUGAAAAUAUGAUUCAAUUCCAUUUCAAGGUAAUUAGCCGUCAAAGUUGGUCAUCAAGGUAAUGACUUAUUUGCAGAAUCGCAUUAAUAAUAGAGAAAGUGUUUGUGUGCCAAAAUUCCAUUGCGCGUUUAAUUCAAAGUGCAAAAACACCGAAUCAACCGGGCGUAGUGGGUUUAAAAGUUGGAAACAAAGACGGUUAAUGCUCGUGCGAGUUUUUUAACUUAUAAUUACAUUUAAAUUUAAUUCGUGUGUGUAUGUAGUUUUAUUUACAUAAACUUAUAAUCAACUAGGAAGGUUUAUUGACUACAACAAAGCAAAACAACAUGAGGAAGAAGCGCUCUGUAUAUAAGUGAACUUUAACCACAAUCUAAUCUUGUAAGCUCUGAAUUGUUAGGCAAGCAAUUUUCCAGUUUUAUAGUAAUCGUUAAUAAGUCAAUUAGUUCGCUUCACGUAUUCAUGCCAGUCUCGAUGAACACCCCUUAAAGUGCACCCGUCAUGGAGGUUCUUUUAAAUUUAGCAGCACGUUUCACUCCCUCCAAAGGCGCGGUUACAAAUAGUAUAAGUGAUAAAGCAUGCACGGUUAAUUUAUUUAAACAUGUGAGCGGUGGUUGUGCUAAAAAGGAUGAAUCGCUUCCGGUGGAUAUACGCUUUGAAAACCUCAAAAUCUCAGUUUCGCUUGGUUUUCGCAAAGGAAUGAAGCAAAUUCUUCAUAAUGUCAAUGGGAAAUUUGCUUCGGGCCAGUUCAUCGCGAUUCUAGGACCAUCAGGCGCUGGAAAAACCACCCUCCUCGACAUUUUAAGCGGGUACAACGUGAAGGGGUUCAGCGGCACCGUAUACAACAACGACACAGUACGAGACGUUCAACUAUUUCGGAAAUUCUCCUGUUACAUCACGCAGGAGAACCAUUUGCAAAGUUUUCUUACCGUAUGGGAAAGUAUGGCGAUCGCCGCCGACUUAAAACUCGGACUUUACACAUCGCAGGAAAACAAAGACAUUAUCAUAAAGGAAAUUUUGGCAACGCUCUCUUUGGACACCUCGUCAAAUAUGCGAGUUUCUUGUCUUUCAAGUGGCCAGCAAAAGCGACUAGCAAUCGCCAUCGAAUUAAUCGACGAUCCAUCCGUCAUGUUUUUCGACGAACCCACUACGGGUAUCGACAGUUCCUCGUCGACACAAUGCCUCAGACUGCUACACCGCUUGGCACGAGAUGGAAAAACUAUCGUCUGUACGAUACAUCAGGCAUCGGCGAGUGCCUUGGAACUCUUUGAUGAGAUUUACAUAUUAGGGGAAGGACGUUGCGUUUACCAAGGGACCUCGAGGAAUCUCCUACAGUUUUUGGAUUCGGUAGAUCUUCCGUGUCCGAAGUACAAUCACCCAAUCGAAUACUUAAUGGAGUUAGUAUCAAGCGAAAACAAGCAGGAAAAUAUCACAAUUCUGACUAACAAGAUUGAAAAUGGAAAAUGCGACAAAUGGAAGCACGUGCCAAAAGUACCAAUGCAAUCGUUGGACGCCAUAAUAGUACAAAAAGACAUAGAAGAUGUGUUCAGGAACCGAAAGUGCGAGAGAGCCUCGUCGUUCCAUCAGUUUCGGGUGUUAUCACGAAGGUGUAUGCUUAGGUACAAAAGGGACACGAGGUUUGUGUACAUGCGCUUUUUGGCGAAUCUCAGCAUUGCGGCCUUGUAUUGCAUACUGUACUGGCAAAUUGGCUGGCAUGGAGCGAAAGUGCGUAAUAAUUACAAUUUGCUCUUUUGUAUUCUUAUACACAAUAUGGUAACAACAUUAAUCCUUGGCAUUCUCGCUGCCACAGCCGAAAUACCCACGAUUACCAAUGAGUACUUCAACAAAAGGUACUCGUUAAAAAUGUACUUUAGUGCAACAACCGUCUGCGAAAUACCUAUUUUGCUGCUAUGCUGCCUGGUGUUCACCGCAGUUGUCUACCCAGCAACCGGGCAGCCGUUGGAAAUCGAAAGGAUUGCAAUGUUCACAACAAUAAGCUUACAAUUAGUAUUAGUAUCUCAAAGCCUGGGAACCGCCAUAGGUACCGCCCUCAAUGUUAUGUAUGGCACCUUUUUGGGCUUCGCACUGUCAGCAAUGUCAGUUGUACUUUCAAACGUGGGAGAAAAUCUGCAAAACAUUCCUAUUAUAAUUUACUGGAUCAGCAAAUCCACAUUUACGAGGUAUGGAUUGGAAGGGAUGCUGAAUUCCAUUUACGGCUUCAAUCGGGAGAUAAUGUACUGCCCUGAUGACUCAUACUGCCAUUAUAAAUAUCCUGAGAAGUUCAUGCGCGACAUGGAGGUACCGCUGAAUAUGUUCUGGCAAUCCUUCAUAGUGCUAUGCUGUAAUUAUUUAAUAUUUAAGAUAGCGUCCUUUUUCCUUUUAAAAUGGAGAGUCUCAAAUAGAAAAUGCUUUUAGUCAAUUGUUGAUUGUUAUUAAUACUCGUAAAUACUCAGGAAACAUUUUUCAGUUGUAUAUAUUUUAUGACACGUGUGCGUCUGUGUGUGUAAAUGUAAAUAGGAACCAAUUAAAAGUUCGCAGUA